CGGGGGUGGUGGUGCUGUCUGCACAUCCUCGUGGAGGUUGAGAUUGCCUCACCUGUGGUAUCAGACAUCAUAACAUGGGACUCACCAAGCAGUACCUGCGUUAUGUUGCUAGUGCUGUCUUUGGCCUGAUUGGCAGCCAAAAAGGUAAUAUUGUUUUUGUGACACUUCGUGGUGAGAAAGGACGCUAUGUGGCAGUACCAGCCUGUGAACAUGUUUUCAUCUGGGACUUAAGGAAAGGGGAGAAGAUCCUCAUUCUUCAGGGUCUUAAACAGGAAGUCACUUGCUUGUGCCCCUCACCAGACGGGCUACAUUUAGCUGUUGGUUAUGAGGAUGGGUCCAUCAGAAUCUUCAGUCUCUUGAGUGGGGAAGGAAAUGUGACCUUCAAUGGACAUAAAGCCGCUAUCACUACUUUGAAGUAUGAUCAACUAGGAGGCAGAUUGGCUUCUGGGUCCAAGGAUACAGAUGUUAUUGUGUGGGAUGUGAUCAAUGAAAGUGGUCUCUACCGUCUAAAGGGACACAAGGAUGCCAUCACACAAGCAUUGUUUCUACGAGAAAAGAAUCUGCUAGUCACUAGUGGGAAAGAUACCAUGGUGAAAUGGUGGGACCUUGAUAACCAGCAUUGCUUCAAAACAAUGGUUGGCCACCGAACAGAGGUUUGGGGGUUGGUUCUGGUGUCUGAAGAAAAGCGACUCAUCACCGGGGCUUCAGACAGUGAACUGAGGGCUUGGGACAUAACCUAUCUGCAAGAGAUCGAAGACCCAGAAGAGCCAGAGCCCAAGAAAAUCAAAGAGUCUUCUCCUGGAAUGCAGGACACACCUGAAGCAGAGGAUGGUGCCCUUGAGAUGGAUGAAGCUCCCAAGGAUCGUAUCCUUUCGUGCAGAAAAGCUGGCUCUGUGAUGCGAGAAGGAAGGGACAGAGUUGUGAGCCUUGCAGUCGACAAGACAGGCAGGACUCUUGCUUGCCAUGGAACUGACUCUGUGCUAGAAGUCUUUUGUAUCCUUUCCAAAGAGGAAGUUCAGAAGAAAAUGGAUAAGAAGCUGAAGAAAGCUAGAAAGAAAGCAAAAUUAAAUUCUUGCCAAGGGGAUGAUGAGGAGGAAGACCUUGAAGUCAAUGUUGAAAUGACUCUUAAAGAUGAAAUUCAACGGGUGACUAAUAUCAAAACUUCUUCCAAAAUCAAAUCCUUUGACUUGAUUCAUUUGCCUCAAGGUGAGUUAAAGGCUGUCUUCCUGUUGCAAAACAACCUGGUGGAGCUGUAUUCGCUGAAUGUGUCCUUGCCUGCUCCUCAGCCUGUCAGGACCAGCAGAAUCACCAUUGGGGGUCAUCGCAGCGACGUGCGCACGUUGUCAUUCAGCUCAGACAAUAUUGCUGUGCUUUCCGCAGCAGCUGAUUCUAUCAAGAUCUGGAACAGGUCUACACUGCAGUGCAUUCGCACAAUGACCUGUGAAUAUGCACUUUGCUCGUUCUUUGUUCCUGGUGAUAGGCAAGUGGUCAUAGGAACAAAGACAGGGAAACUGCAGCUUUAUGACUUAGCCUCAGGAAAUCUUCUGGAGACAAUAGAUGCCCAUGUUGGAGCUUUGUGGUCUAUGUCUCUCUCUCCAGAUCAGCGUGGCUUUCUGACAGGUGGUGCAGAUAAAUCUGUCAAGUUCUGGGAUUUUGAGUUGGUAAAAGAUGAAAAUAGUACUCAAAAGAGACUCUCUGUGAAGCAAACCCGAACCUUACAGCUAGACGAAGAUGUCCUGUGUGUCAGUUACUCUCCCAAUCAAAAGCUGUUGGCCGUGUCAUUGCUGGACUGUACCGUGAAGAUUUUCUAUGUUGACACUUUAAAGUUUUUUCUCUCACUGUAUGGACACAAACUGCCUGUUAUAUGCAUGGACAUCUCCUAUGAUGGAGCACUAAUAGCAACUGGCUCUGCUGAUAGAAAUGUGAAAAUCUGGGGUUUGGACUUUGGGGACUGCCACAAGUCUCUCUUUGCACACGAUGACAGCGUGAUGUAUCUUCAGUUUGUACCUAAGUCUCACCUCUUCUUCACUGCUGGGAAAGACCGUAAGAUUAAGCAGUGGGAUGCAGACAAAUUUGAACACAUACAAACGUUAGAGGGGCACCACCAGGAAGUAUGGUGUUUGGCUGUCAGCCCUAAUGGAGACUAUGUUGUGUCAUCGUCCCAUGACAAAUCUCUGAGACUUUGGGAGAGAACAAGGGAGCCUCUAAUUCUUGAGGAAGAAAGGGAGAUGCAAAGGGAAGCAGAAUAUGAGGAGAGUGUGGCCAAAGAAGACCAACCUGCAGUUCCAGGGGAGACUGAAGGUGGCAGUUACUUUACUGGGAAAAAAACUAUUGAAACAGUCAAAGCAGCUGAGAGGAUCAUGGAGGCCAUUGAACUGUACCGAGAAGAAACUGCAAAAAUGAAAGAACACAGAGCCAUUUGUAAAGCUGCAGGGAAAGAGGUUCCUCUUCCCAUUAACCCCAUCCUGAUGGCUUAUGGCAAUAUUUCACCUUCAGCAUAUGUAUUAGAGAUUUUUAAAGGGAUCAAGUCAAGUGAACUGGAAGAGUCCCUACUUGUACUGCCUUUCUCUUACGUCCCAGACGUUCUUAAGCUCUUCAAUGAAUUCAUCCAGCUGGGCUCUGAUGUUGAACUUCUCUGUCGGUGUCUUUUCUUUCUUCUCAGGAUUCACUUUGGACAGAUAACUAGCAACCAAAUGCUUGUGCCGGUGAUAGAAAAAUUAAAGGAAACUACUAUUUCAAAAGUCAGACAAGUUCAGGACGUUAUUGGCUUCAAUAUGGCAGGUCUCGAUUAUCUCAAGAGGGAGUGCGAAGCAAAAAGUGAAGUUAUGUUUUUUGCUGAUGCUACAAGCCAGUUGGAAGAGAAGAAGAGGAAGAGGAAAAACAGGAAGAAGAUGAUUUUAACAUUGACUUAGAAUUCAAACGUGCUUUUUUCUGCUUUCUCUCUAAAGGAACUUCUAAGCUAAGCCGUAGUAGAACUGGCAGUGUCUUAAAAAUGCCAAAUAACAGAAGAUCAUGUUCAAAAGGUCUCAGGAUGCCAUUCCCAGCUUUGCCUGAGAUAUUUCCAAUGUGGGUCUGUGGUCUGACUCCAUUUUUUGGACUUGAGAGCAUGAUUGGCUUAAAAACGCUUUCCAUGAUCUUGAGGACUGAGCCCUGCAGGAGUUGUUCCUUUAUAUUCCAGCUGGGAGCAAAGAAUAUUUUUUAAAUUAGGUAUUUUGUUCACUGGAGUUGAAAUUAACAUUUCAUAAGUUUUUCAUAUUUUAUGCCAGAUGAUUUAUUGUAUAAUUUGUUACUUUGUAUUAAGUUUUAUCUCCUUUUGAGACAAUCAGGUGCAUAACAGAUUGAACUAAAGAGGACCAUAAAACUUCUAGAACAGUCUCCAUAAGCCUCCUGUGGGCUGUAAUAGCUGUACAUAAGAAGAUCUUAAUUGCCGUUUAUACUUUUCUGAAUAAAAUAGUUGUUUGAUUAAAGAGUAGUCAAGCUAAGAUGUCUUGCUGUGUAUGUAGAUAUACAUAUAUUCACAGGUAGGGAAUGUUCACACAGAUAACCUCUAGGCCUAGGCUUUUCUUUGUGAGAAAUUUUUAAAUUUCUAAUUUAGACUCCUUGUUAGAAAAUCUGUUCAGAUUUUCUGUCCUUAAGAUUUUUUAUCAUUCCAUGAAUUUGUCUGUUUCAUCUAAGUUAACUGGGUUGUGAUGCUCACAUUUUCUCAGGUUUAA